AUGCGUCCAAAAGAAAAUGGCCGGCCAGAGAUAACAUCGAUCAUUUCAUCAUCUUCUAUCUCGCUAACUUUGUUUUCUCUCUGUGUAUCUCUCUAUCUCUCUCUCUCUCUCUCUCUCUCUCUCUCUCUCUGUAUCACUCUCUCUCUCUCUCUUUUAUUUUUUUGUUUAAUAGCUGACACUGUCUUUCCCCACCUCACUAUCCCUGUAGCCUUGUGCCACAACUUACCUAAACUUAGUAAAUAUUUCUUCAUUACUUUUCGUUUUCUUCCCCCCCCACUUCGCUUUAAUUCUCUCUCUCUCUCUCUCUCUCUCUCUCUCUCUCUCUCUCUCUCUCUCUCUCAUAGCUUUUACCCAUUGCUAUUUUUAAAAAUCAUUCCGUUGUUUUUCUUUUUCUCUCUUCAUUUUUUAAUACCCUCUCUUUCUCUCCCCUUCUCUCUCUCUCUCUCUCUCUCUCUCUCUCUUUUUUCUUUCUCGAGUGACUACUUUUUUAAAUACUUGACAAGCACCCUCCUGUCUUUCCAGAUUGGCUAA